AUGGACUCUGGAAAGACAUUAUGUAGCUUGUUAAAAGCUAUCCAAUUCCAAGAGUCUGCAGUCUUCUGUGCUAUGCAAGAAGGCUUGAAGCUGACAGUGGAAGAGGGCAAGUGCGUCCAAGCAUCUGCCUAUAUCCCAGCAGAUAAUUUCAACGAGUAUCAUGUGCGAGAUGAUGUUGAUGUUUUGUUUAAGAUAAGUAUAGCAGUGUUAACGGAAUGCCUCAACAUAUUUGGUUCGGCGGAAGAGUCUAGUUUGAAAAUGUAUUACAGAUGUGAAGGUUCUCCAUUACUUUUAGUGUUACAAGCACAGUCUUUUUCAAACGUAAUGACCGACUGUGAAAUUGCAACGCAGACAGCCGAUACGCUUCUAGAACUGCGUGAUGAAGACGCUGAGGAAGAAUCCAAGUUGGUCCUCAAAGCCCCGGCCUUCCUGGGACUCCUAGCUGACCUGGAGAGGUCCUGUGACAUUAUUGAAAUCAAUCUGUCCCCAGAACAUCCGAACCUUAGUAUAGUGACUUACGGAAUGCAGGACAGAUCGUGUAUAGAAAUACCCAAGUCUUCAGAUAUGGUGCAGAGUUUUACCUGUGAAAGGGCUGUGACGCUUAAAUACCAGCUGUACCAUAUUCGCCUGAUCAUGAAGGCCCUGGCAGUAUCUAAUAAGGUAGUUUUGAGAUGCAGUUCAAAUGGCCUUCUUCUGCUGCAACUGAAGUUAGAGAAAGAAGAUCAAAGGCAAAUGUUCUCAGAGUUUUAUAUUGUGCCAUUACUUGAUGACUGA